AGCGAUAACAUCUAAACUGGAAACCCAUAACCUUUAAUUUUUAGUUGCGUGCAAAAACACGUGUGAAAGAAUGGCUAAGUCGAUUCGUAGUAAAUGGAAGAGAAAAUGCAGGGCGAUCAAGAGAGAGCGAUAUGCAGAAAAGGAAUUAACAAGACUGAAGAAAACUCUCGGUAUCGAAAAUGACAACGCGCCCAAGGAUGUAGACAUGACUGACAUAAGCGAAAUUGCCACAGUUGUGGACGCAAAGAAAGUAAAAGAAGACAUUACGGCGAAGCAGUCUGAGACCGCAAAUACAGGUGAAGAGAAGAUGGAAGUGGAAGGUGGUAGAGUGUACAAUAAGAAAACAAUGCGAGAUCAGUAUGGGAAUUAUCCUGUAUGGAUGAACAAACGAAAGAUAGCCAAGCACAAGAAAGGCAGAGCUAAAUCACAAAAGGCGAAGAAGAAAAUACCUAAGAGACUAACUAGACGACAGAAGAAAGCACUGAAGCAGAAUCAAAGCGAGGUUAACAAAUGAUGAUCUUGUUUUUCUAAGUAUUAUAAAAAAUAUGGCUUUUUUGUAAAUAAAAUCUAAGAUCUAGAUAAUUGUGCCUUUUUUAAACUGCUGAUGACAAUGUCAGUUUUCAAUAAAUGA